ACAGGCGAAGAAGAAGAACAUGUUUUCAUGCAGGCAACUCCGAAGUUAGUGAAAGACACCACACAGAGUCGUUUCUGUGUGUAAAGUUAACAGAGUGUGUGUCUCUGCAGGUCGUGUGAGUAGAUGUAAACUAUGUAACCAUGUAUUAAACUAUGAGGAGUUAGAAGCUAGUGAAACAAACCACCGAGACGUAUAUUAGCGACGACGCCUGCGCACUCUAGUCUGGACUGAAUAUCGAGCCGCCCUUCCUCCCCGCCAACUUGCACCGCAGGGUCGGGCAGACGUCGACUCACAACAACCCCGAGUUCAUUUCCUCGUCUAUUUGGAUAUUUUCCUGGAUAAAAUGGAGAGCCCGUAUCGCACCGAAAACGACUCCCCCCUUCUGCUGCCAUCUCUCCGCCUCUUCAUCCCUCCUCUGCGCCUGGUGUCUGCAGCCAUGUGGCAGGUCGUGCAGAGGGGCAGCGUGCAGGACUACGGGAUGGUGGAGGAGUUCAUCAGCACGGUUUCAGAGCUCGUACCUGAUCUUUUGAAUGCAGAUCAAAAAGCUCAGCUCCUCCUGGGCCUCAGAGCGCGGGUGGUUCUUGAAUUGUGUCGUGCCGAGCAGAUAAGAGAUACAGAAACCAUUGAGAUGCACCUGGAGCGGAUCAAGUCUCUCAUAUCCACCUGGGCCGCACAGCCGUGUUUUGCAGAAGUCGAGUUUCCAGAAUCCAACUUUGUGGAUCAGGUUGAAUUGCUGAUGAAAGACUCUGAAGAGAAGGAGAAGUUUUUCCAGGAUGUUUUCCCUACGGAUUUUGGGCCUGAAUAUGACAGCGCUCUACAGGUGCUAAUGCUGGAUUUCCUGUCCAGACUGGAGAAGCUUCUUCCAGUGCCAGACAUUCAGCAGACUGCGUCCAUGCUCAGUGCCGUUCCAUCUGCACUGGAGGAGUGUGUGCACUCUGUUCCUGACCCUCAGCACCUGAAGACUGUGCUCCUGUACCACACAACACUGGGACAUUUCGACUUAUCUGAUGAAACUCAGACCAUUCCGUCUUCCUUUGGGAACUGCAUCCUGUCCUCGCUGUCCCUCCCUCAGCUGGAGAAGGUCGUCAUCGACGCAGAUCAAAUACAGUUGCAGCCUCCGUCAGAGCAGAUGCAGGGCUGUAUGACCGUCCAGGUGGAGGGGGAAACUGUGACGCUGCUGGACUACAUACAGAUCGAGCAGCCGUCAGGUUUGGUCGAUCCCGAUGACGAAGCAGAAAAUGAAGUAAACGAGGAUGGAGCUGAGGACGUCGGUGACGCCCUGAAGCCAGCUGCUUUUCAACCACUGAAACAAAGCAAAAGGCUCCAGGGGAAAAGAAGAGCCAUAACGGAUAAAGACUUUACGACAGAGAAGAGGCAAAGAAAAAAGUACCCUAAUAAUAAGACUUGUCCUGUGUGUAAUAAGGUUUUCCUGCGGGCUGCGGCCAUGAGACGCCACCAGGAGACUCAUUCUGCCAAUCGGGAAUUUAAGUACAAGUGCGCCAACUGUGACAAAAGAUUCAGGGACCAUUACGACAUGAACCGACACAACAUGCGUGUUCAUGAAAAGGAAGGGAUCGGUAACAAUGGUAAAGAGGAGGACGCAGAAGAUCCCAGCACUUCUGAGAUGUCAGAAAACAAAAACUGCGCUCUGUGUGGGAAGUACUUUGGCCGUCGCGUUGACAUGGAGCGACACAUGAGGUCGCACUCUGAGGACCGCCCGUAUAACUGUUGUUUCUGUGAGAAGAAGUUUAAGAAUCCUUACGUUUUAAAGAGACACCAGAAGGAGAUCUGUAAGAGCAGAGAGCUGAAAAGGCCGAAGAAGAGGGAGGUGCAGCGCUUAAAUCCACAGCCACCGUCAGAGGGGUCGACGGAGGGCAAAGUCUGUCCCAUUUGCAGCAGGAUCUUACCGUGCACUGCGGACAUUGCAAAGCAUUUACGGUCUCACACGGAGGAGCGUCCUUUUAUUUGCGUCACCUGUGAGAAGGGCUUCAAGUACAAGGACACGUUGAAGAAGCAUCAGAUCAUUCACGGUCACGAGGGGAUCAGAGAGGAGCAGAGCAAGACGGUGGAGCAGAUUUUGGCUGAAGCUGAUGCAGGUAUAUUUGAUAAGAAAGACAAAAAUCCAGACGCACCUGCAGACGCUUGUGAGGACUCUCCAUCUGAGCCUGUGCAGAAAGUCAAGAAAAAAGCCCUCAAAGUGUGUCCUGUGUGUUCGCGGGCGUUCGACAGCGUCAAAACACUAAACAGGCACAUACAGUGUCACACAGAGGACCGUCCGUAUCACUGCAUCCACUGCAAGAAGCGUUUCAAACACAUGCACGGGCUGAAAAGACACCAGAUUUACGCCAUCUGUCACAAGAAAAUCACCCGAUUCUCUUGGAAGAAGGAGCAGAGGGCGGGGCCCAGCCAGAGCGAGGUAACCAGCACCGACCCUCAACAGGGGCCGCCUCUGAAAAUACCCGUGUGGUGUUCAAACUGCGGCAAACACUUCGAGUACCCGUCGGCUUUGAAGGAGCACCAAGAAAACGUUUGCAAAGUGGAAGUGAGCGAAAUCAUGAAAUGCGACGACUGCGGGAAAGAGUUCAAGAGCAUGACGAUGCUCAAAGUGCACCAGAGGAUUCACGACCCGCUCUACUGCAAAGAGUGCGGGAAGAUACUCGCCAACGAGCCCGCGUUCGAGAGGCACAAGCUCAUGCACAGACCGAUGCAGUGCACCAUGUGCGAUCAGACUUUUACUCUGUUGAGGCGCUUGAGGGAACACUACGAGAAGCAGCACGAGUUCACCGGGCCGUAUCCGUGCGCUCAGUGCGACAAAACCUUCAUCCAGCUCUCCUACCUCGCCAUCCACCAGAGAAUCCACAAAGGAGAGUUCCCGUACAUCUGUAGCAUGUGUCCGGAGAAGUUCAGGUCGUCCAACUGUCUGACGGUCCAUCAGAGGAAACACACGGGGGAGAAACCGUUCCUCUGCUGGCAGUGUGGGAAGUGUUACCGCUCGGCCUCGGAGCUCACGGUGCACAUGGGAACCCACUCCGAGGAGCGACCCUGGGCGUGCACACAGUGCGACAUGGCUUACCGCACCAAGCUGCAGCUGACAAACCACGUGGAACAAAUCCACAUCGGCGUCCGGUAUCCCUGCAACAGCUGCGGGAAGCAGUUCAUGAAGGAGACGUCGCUGAAGAGGCACGAGCUCAUCCACACAGGCGAGAGGCCGCACCAGUGCACGGUGUGCGGGAAGACCUUCCUGACCGCCAACGAGCUCCGGCUACAUAACCGCUACCACACCGGCGAGCGUCCGUACAAGUGCGAAGUGUGCGGGAAAGCCUUCAUUCAGUCGGGUUAUCUGAAGUCGCACAUGCGCAUCCACACGGGAGAGAAGCCAUUUAAAUGUGACAUAUGUGACAAAGGCUUCCGGUUGUCGUAUCACAUGAAGAAACACAGGAGGACUCACGCUGGGAAGCCAAAGACCUACAUAUGUGAGGACUGCGGGUUAGGGUUCCUCCUCAAGAAGUCCCUGUGGGAACACUCGCUCAGUCAUGAGGUCAAAGUGGAGCCAUCCUUCACUGAUGAAGUCAGAAUAGAAUUUCAAUAGAGACGCUUGUAUUUUCAUGCAGGUGAGCUGGAAACAUCGUCACCAAAAACACUUAAAUCGCUCUUUGUUGUCUGAUUUUGACCAAUUUGCAAGUUGGUUGUUUUUGUUUUUCUGUCCCUGUUGCUUUACUGUGUUGAUUUACAUCUUCUAUAAAGCAUAUGAUGAACUAUGAGGCAUGUAUAUAUUACAAGACAAUGAAUAAUUUCUGCUUACAUGGCUUUUUGGAAUAAAUUUAUCAUGAAUGUAA